AUGGCCAGAGCCCAGAGGUUCAUUCAAGCGACAAACAUCUGUCGUUACUCGGAUGAAGGGACCAAGAAGAGAAAAGAUGAAGGGGGUCACAUGGGUCAGCCUAAGCAUCAGAGAACGGGGGGCCGUGGGGACCGGCUCACCGAUAACGGCAACGACCCUCGGUUCAAUAAAAACCGGAAAGAGAUCUAUUUUGACAUUCGGAACAAAAAUUGGCUUCCCAGGCCAGCACCCAUUCGGACAUCAUCGUCUCGGAGAGACAAGAGCUUAUGGUGCGAUUACCACAAGGAGUGUGGACACACCACCAAAGACUGCAGAGAGCUUAAAAAAUCCUUGGACGGUCUAGCCGACCAAGGGAAGCUAAACCACUACCUAAAGCACUCCGCCGAGGAGAAAGGGAAGCAAAAAGUGGGUCAGUCAAAUAGCGGAGACACCGAAGGGUUCAUCGGUGUCAUAGCAGGAGGAUUCGCAUCAGGAGGCCUGACCGGCCGAGCACGCAAGGCCCACCUCCGAAACCUUAAGCAUCAGGUGCUCGAUGUCCAGCUGCCCCGUCCCAGCUGCCCGGUUAUGACCUUUGGGGAGCCCAGUCGGACGUUGCAUACGCCACAUGACGACCCAUUGGUCAUCGAACUCAAGGUGGCAAACACCCGGGUAAAGAGGGUUUUGGUUGAUAGCCGGUCAUCCGCUGACAUCAUCACCCUCGAGUGCCUCAGGAAGCUGCAAUACACCGAGCGGGAUGUAACCCCCUUGAAUCAGCCGCUCAUAGGCUUCGGGGUCAACUCUUUGGCUGUCUCGGACUACGCCCUUAGCGCAGUCCUGAUAGCCGAGCGAGAAGGAAAGCAACAUCCUGUUUACUUCAUCAGCCAUGCUUAUAGAGGGGCUGAGGCGAAGUACAGUGAUGUCGAGAAGAUGGUCUUUGCCUUAGUAAUGGCAAGACGGAAGCUCAAGCCCUACUUUCAAGAGCACCCCAUCAAAGUCCUAACCGGACAGCCACUCCGGAAGAUCAUUGAAAGUAGGAACCACUCGAGUCGGAUGACCGAUUGGGCGGAUCAGCUAGCGGAUUUUGGGCUAGAAUUUGAGCCCCGAAGGGCGAUCAAAGCCCAAGCCCUUGCUGAUUUCAUCACCGAGUGCGCCACCAGACCCCCGGUCGGCUCACAGGAAGAAUGGGAGUUGCUGGUCGAUGGAUCCUCCACGAAGAAUGGUUGUGGAGUCGGGCUGGUCAUCAUACCACCGGUCGGGGAUAAAAUUGAGUACGCUGUUAAGUUUGAGUUUCUUGGAUCUAACAACGAAGCCGAGUAUGAAGCCCUUAUCCUCGGAAUACAACUUUGCAUCCUGGCCGGAGCAACUUCAAUCGUAGCAAAAUCCGACUCACAGCUCAUUGUGGGUCAGGUUUCAGGAGAAUACGAGGCCAAGGAGGAUAACAUGAGAAUGUAUUUGGCUAAAGCUCGAGCAGUCAUUGGACGGUUGUCCGGAUUCCGGAUUACCCAUAUCCCUCGCUCGGAAAAUCAUCAGGCUGAUGCACUCGCUCGGAUGGCCAGUUCUGCUGAAGGGUCGGCCCCUAGAACCAUAACUUGGGAAGUGUUGAGGGAGCCCAGCAUAAAUGCCAAAGAACAGCUGGUCCUCAACCGUUCGGGCUGGAUGAAUGAAAUUGUGGAGUACUUGCGUGACGGGACCUUACCGAACGACCCUAAGGAAGCCGACCGGGUCAAGCAUAAAUCUGGUUGGUUCCUUUGGCACGACGGUCAGCUCUACAAAAAGUCUUUCACUCUUCCCCUUCUCAAGUGUGUAACCCCCGAGGAAGGAAACUAUGUCCUCCGGGAAAUACACCAAGGGGCGUGCGGUAGCCACCAAGGGGGCAAAACAAUAGCCGGAAAAGCCUUGAGGGCUGGGUAUUAUUGGCCCACCUUGAAGGCCGAUGCCUCGGAUCUGGCCCGACGAUGCCCAUCUUGCCAGAUCCACUCGGACAUACCCAGAGCUGCUACUACUCCCCUCACCACCAUUCAAGCAGUACUACCCUUCGACAAGUGGGGCAUGGACCUGCUCGGACCAUUCCCCCCGGCAUCGGGGCAAAGGAAGUUCCUGAUUGUGGCCAUCGACUACUUCACCAAGUGGACAGAAGCCGAACCGCUGGCGUCAAUUACUGACAAGCAAGUCCAGCUGUUCAUCUGGAGGAAUAUCAUCACCCGGUUCGGAAUUCCAAGAGCCCUGGUGUCGGACAAUGGCGACAAUUCAACAGCGGGCCGACCCGAGAUUAUUCGCCCGGUUCGGCAUUCAAACAAGGGAAUCAAGAAAUCCCUUGACGCAGCUAAAGGGGCAUGGGUAGACGACCUACCCGGAGUCCUUUGGUCGGCCCGAACAACAGUGAAAGAGGCUACGGGGCACUCCCCUUUCGGAUUGGUCUAUGGCAGCGAAGCCGUCCUUCCGGUCGAGGUGGGGAUUCCUUCUCCUCGAAUGACAUUCUACGAGUUCGACAAGAACGAAGAGGAGAAACCCAUCAACUUAGACCUUUGCCUGAAACUCGAGGCAAUGCGUUACUGCAAGCCAUCCGGUACAAGCAGAAGAUCACAAGGCAUUUUAACAGGCAGUGAAGCCCAGGCCGAUAGCCUUGGUGAUUGGGUCGUCCGAAAAGUGGAAGCCACCGGACUCUCCCAUCUCAAAGGGAAGUUGGGGGAAAUUGGGAUGGCCCUUAAAGGUUCAGAGGUCCUCAAGCCAGGGACAUUCCGGCUCGAAUCUCCCGAAGGGGUCCCCUGGCUCGACCUUGGAACCUAG